AUGUCUGUCUCUCCACCUUUGCAAGGCGGCUCGUCGUCCGACGCCGACGCAAACGGUUCUGCUGCCGCGAACAGGUGGGGCACUGUCUCGGGCGGCAUGCGCAGUCCACCGCCUGCCCCUUCAUCCGGUGCUGGCGUUCGUCGCAAUCACACUAUCCACGGCGCUCGUCAUCACGGCAAGCCUCGCCUCGAGAAGCACUUCGAGCAACCUGAAGAUCACGGUUCACCGGAUCGGUCUGCAUCGCAAACCACUUCUGUCGGCGGUGACACUUGGAUCGACGCGCGCCACGGCUCCCCCUCCUUCACGGACGAUGCCUCCCUUGAUCUGCUUGCGUCACCGUCGACCAGGUCCGGAACGACAGAUCACGUGUCAUCGCUGACACCGCUGCAGGCUCUCUACUCGAAGACGAGCGUCUCUAGAAAUCUUUCGUUGCCAAGCCGUCACUCGACCAAGGUGGCAUCCAACCUUCCCAGCAGCGCAACUCAGGGCCGCAGCAGCCUGUUCAAUAGUCUCUCGGCCAUCACUGGAGGCUCCGAUCUGGACGAUCACGAUUGGGAGAAACUCAUUCAAUCGAGCAAUGCUCUCGGCGACGAACAUCACCAGGAUCCACAUGCCCUGAACAGCCUCCCAUUGCAAAACGAUCACCCUUGGUCUUCUACGCUCUUCUCGCACGGUCAGCUCGGUGCGCCAGCCACCUUAUCCCAUCCAGCCUCGCCCAUCGCUCGACCUGACCCUUUCCUGGACCUCCACCACAACAAUGGAAGCACCAGCGCCGCUGGGCUGUUUGACCAGGCUGCACUCACCGACAACCAAGCCUUGCCGGGCUCGGCCAAUCUCGUACGUCGUCAUCAAUCCCUUAACCAUCACGCAGGACGCCCCGCAGCGCACCGCUUGGCGACUCGUUCCAGCGAUCUGCUUCGUAGGUACGCAGCGGACGCGGUCGACCCAUCCGCCUCGCCUUACUCUCCACGAACGGAUUCCGCUCUCAGCCCAGCCCGUCACCCGACGAGCUUUUCUGCCACCAACAGUCCGGUGAUGCCGUCGAGCUACUCCAAGGCGCCAUGGAAUCAACCGGCGCAGGCUCCGAUAGGAUCGCCGUCGCGCUUCGCCGCUUCCUUUCCAUCGCAGAACUUCGAUCCCGCCCAUCAUCGUGCGCAUUCCACGAUGGACCGCUCUUCCCCUCCCAUUGGUGACCUCACCACGCACCUCUCGAACAUGGAUAUCACUGGUUCUGCUGCUCUAGCAACCCAAGAUGCUCAAGACCGACAUGUUCGCUCGACGAUUUCGGAUUCGAGCGCACUCGAUGAGGGUGCCAUCGAUGGUGGCCCCGUGAACGGCAGGAAGCUGCCUCAACUUGUGACCAAUCGAGACGCCCUGCAACGUGGGCAGCGUACUGGAGCAGACGCUGGUCCUACGUCGGCUGCCGCCUUCGUGCCGCCCAUCGGUCACGCGCACGCUCGUCACCAGUCGAGCGAUCCUACCCUCGAUGCUAUCUCGAAUCCUCGACAUGGUCCAUUCACUGCAGCUCCCGCCGGCGGCUGGCUGGACAAGGACAACAUAGUAGGCCGUCACGACGCCGGUUUCGCUGCGAGAGGUGCUGCUUCCGACUCUCAACGCUGGCCGCAGCAGCCACAUGUUGGUCCCUAUGGAGCUUCCGGUAUGGACCCCAAUGUUAUGGCUCUGAGCCUGGCUUUGGCGCAGGAGCAGCAGCGCAAUGCCAUCCUUCAAGCUCAACUUGGUGCUCGAAGCAAUGCACACGCUCCGCAGGAGCCGCACCUGUUCGGGAUGCAGCCGAUCGAUCUCGGUGGACCCAUCCAUUCCAUCGGACAACAGCUGCGAGGCGGAGCCAUGCCGAGCUCUCCACCUAUGGGCGCCAUGGGUCAAUUGCCAUCGCGUGGUCAGCCAUUCUCCGUACAGCAAUCUUCUCCGUCGUUCCGUCCACCAAUGCAUUCACAGGCCCUGCCGCCGCGACCGCCGGCGGGAGGUGCACCGGCAGGUGGGACCACAGAAGGCACCAAACCGCUUACGCCCGUCGAUCCCACUUCGUUGGCGCUUCAGAAGGGAUACAACCCGGCACCCGGCACGUUCGACCUGGCUCCAGUGAACGCCCGCUUCUUCGUCAUCAAGUCGUACACCGAAGAUGACGUGCACAAGUCGCUCAAAUACGAAAUCUGGGCCUCCACCGACAAGGGCAACCAACGCCUCGACAAGGCGUUCCGGGAGAGCGCGCAGAAUGGUCCCAUCUACCUCUUCUACUCUGUCAAUGCGUCCGGCCACUUUUGUGGAAUGGCGCAGAUGCUCACGCCUCUCGACUAUGCUACCUCGAGCAACGUCUGGGCGCAAGACGGCAAGUGGAAAGGCACCUUCAAAGUGCGAUGGAUCUACGUCAAGGACCUUCCGAACAAUCAGCUCCGACACAUCCGGCUCACCAACACGCCCGAGUGCAAGCCGGUCACGCAGUCGCGCGAUACGCAGGAACUGACGCCAGAAGCAGGACGGGAGGUGUUGAGGAUCAUGGCCGACUACAGUGCAAAGACGAGCUUGUUGCAGGAUUUCAACUUCUACGAGAUGCAGGGUCGGGCUGGCGGACCCGCGGCGGGAGGGCAGCAGGGUCAGCAAGCGAUGCCUUCCGCACGACCGCCUCCCAGCAGCAGUCCGGCCAUUGGGUUCGGCGGCUUACCACCACGAAACAGUCCAAGGCCGAGCGGCUCGCCUGCGCUCGGAUUCGGUGGCCUAGCCUUCCCUACAAGCCCGGAUCCAAGUCUGGCUUACCGAGCGGGCGCUGCAGCUUCGCCAAACGGCGGAGCGCGUCUCGCUCAAUCGACCCACGGUGUCUCUGGUCUCGGUGGUCUCGCUCAAGAGACAUCUCGCUCCGGUGCGCAGCCGAUCCAGGAUUUGCGCAGCCAAAAGAAGGGCCACGAUGAUGCUGUUUCCGCAGCGCAAGUCGCUGGCCUCGCCCCUUCCGCGAUGUAG